AGUUAGGUUAGGUUAAAUCAAGUUAGGGUUAGGUGGUCAAGUCACGUGGUAGAAAGCGAUGCAGUCCGCAUAUGGAGUAAACACAUAAGCGUUGAGAUAUGUCAGCCGCAUUUGGACGACGCGUUGUAUCGCAAUUAUUUGCGAAAACUGCGAAAAGAUCAUGUUUAAGACUCUCGACGUCGAAAUGGCGAAGCACAGCUGCUGUCGCAUCGGAAACCGUCGUCGCUGACAAACCCUCAAAGAAUGUUAUUCCGACUCCGGAACCCGGUCGCGUUCAGGCGGCCUUGCUGAAAAACUUCGAUGAGCCUCUUCAAAUCGAGAACAUUGAUGCACCGAGGAUAACCGAGGACAAAGAGGUACUCAUCGACGUUCACUACUGCGCUCUGAAUGGUCCGGAUAUCCUUUUGAGUAAAAAUUCUUACCCGCACAAGCUGAAGCUGCCUCAAAUACUGGGCUAUGAGAUAGUCGGCGAGCUUCGAGAGGUUGGCGAUCAUGCGGCCAAGGCUGGAUACAAAGUUGGGGACAAAGUUAUCGCCCUAAACAAACAGCGCUUUGGCGGGUUUGCAGAAACCUGCACAGCAGAAUUUGGGGACAUUUGGAAGGUUCCUAACUCGUUGAAACUGAUCGAUGCAGUGUGUUUGCUGGACGGUUAUGCCACGGCACUUGUUGGGUUCGAAACGAGAGCCUGCUUGCAAGAAGAUGAUAUGGUAUUGGUCAAUGUUGGGCUUGGCGGAGUUGGUUUGGCUGCCGUCGAUCUUGCUGCAAAUGUCUACAGAGCUCAGGUAAUUGGGGUUUGCGCAACAGAAGAUAGAACCACGCUUGUUAGAGAAAAAGGAGCAUUUGCAGCGCUUAAGUUUCACGACAAGAAGUUGAUGAAGCAAAUCGUCAACGUUGCUGCGGAGAAAGACAUCAAAGAAAUUUUCGAUGGUGUCAGUGGCGAAAAUUUCAAGAAAGUUUUGUCUUGUUUUACAGAUGUCUAUAAAUCGGGUUUGGUAAAGGACCUGCUACACGACAACGAGUUUUCCGUUGUAAUACAACACUUGUCUCGAGAAGGGCGAGUUAUCGUUGCUGGGCUAGCAGUCAGCAAGUACGAUGGAAAAGAUGCCGCGCCUACAGGAUCCUUCGGUGUGACAGGAGUAAGCCUUCACGAGUACAGAGACAAGGAUCAUGAGUUUUAUCGUUCAGUCGGGGACGAGGUGCUUGAAUUUUUUGAAGAUGGACUGAUUUCACCCUCACGUUCGCUUGUUGCCGGACUAUACAAAAUUAACAGCGCCAUGAAAUUCAUUUUAAAGAUGAAGGCGUCGGGAAAGGUUGUCAUAGACAUGAAAAACAAGGAAGUGUUUACGGAAACGGACGACGACGAUUAAAAGUUGAGAACUUUUAUUCUCUUGGCUUUUCGUAAACGCAUAAUUAGAGAUUAAAGUCUCCUCAGAUUGUUUCCUGUU